CCCCUCACUCCACACCUUCCCCAAACGUUCGUCGAGGCAGUUGCAAACCGACUGAAGCUAACGGACCGCCUUCCGACUCACUAUCUGAGCUCAUGACCACCAACGAUAUAUCUACUUUGUAAAGGUCAUCGAGCAACGGUCUAUUCAUAUAUAUAAUCCGUGAACUCACUUCAGAGCGAUUCGAAGUGAUUAUCGUACGCGCCGGCCAACCACCUAAGCUUCUCAUCAAUUCAAAACAUACACAACAUUCUCCAUCACCACAACAUCAACCAAAUACAUCAACAAUCAUGGCACCUAUAGCCUUAUCACCACCUCGCGAAGCAUCUCCUCCUCCCACAUCACAAGCAGAAAUGUCUUCAUAUCAGGGCUACGACCACGUGCACUGGUACGUUGGUAACGCCAAACAAGCAGCCGCUUACUACAUUGCGCGCAUGGGCUUUGAGAAGAUCGCAUACAGAGGUCUGGAGACCGGGUCUAGAGGACUCGCCUCCUACGUCGUGCGUAACGGAGGCGUCACCUUCGUCUUGACUUCUCCUCUUCGUGGUUUGAGCAUGUUGCACGAUGUGCCUGAGGGUGAGAGAGACGCUGUCAGAGAGGUUCACGCACACUUGGAGAUGCAUGGAGACGCUGUCAAGGACGUGGCUUUCGAAGUCGACUCAGUCGAUGCCAUCUACGACGCUGCAAUUUCGGCAGGUGCGAUCUCCGUCAACGCCCCCAACAUUCUCCACGAAGGAAAGCUCGGCUACGUCAAGACUGCCACUAUCCGUACUUAUGGAGAAACUACUCACACUCUCAUCGAACGCCAAAACUAUCGUGGCGUCUUCUUCCCUGGCUUCCGUCUCGAGCCCAACGUCAAGGAUCCUCUGAACCUGCUCCUUCCUCCUGUCACUCUUGAAGCUAUCGACCACUGCGUCGGUAACCAGGACUGGAACGAACUGGAAGACGUCUGCGAGUACUACGAGAAAGUCCUUGGCUUCCACCGCUUCUGGUCUGUCGACGACAAGGAAAUGUGCACCGAGUUCUCCGCCUUGAAGUCAGUCGUCAUGGCUUCACCCAACGAAGUCAUCAAGAUGCCCAUCAACGAGCCCGCUGAAGGCAAAAGACAGUCUCAGAUCGAAGAGUAUGUCGACUUCUAUGGCGGCGCUGGUGUUCAGCAUGUCGCACUCAGAACUACUGAUAUCAUUACUGCUAUCAGAAAUCUCAGGGCCAGAGGUAUGGAGUUCAUCAAGGUCCCAGAGACUUACUACGUGGCUAUGAGAAAGAGACUGGAAGCUGCUGGAAUGAAGUUGAACGAAGACUUUGAGGUCCUUGCCAGCUUGGACAUCUUGAUUGAUUUUGAUGAAGGCGGUUAUCUCCUGCAGUUGUUUACUAAACAUGUGCUGGAUCGCCCUACUGUCUUCAUCGAAAUCAUCCAGCGUAACAACUUCGACGGCUUUGGUGCUGGUAACUUCAAGUCGCUCUUCGAGGCCAUUGAGAGAGAACAGGAGCUCAGAGGCAAUCUGAUCUAAGAUGACGAGAACGAUUGGCGAGAAGCAGAAGUGGUUAACGAUGAUGGGCCCUGGUGGACACACAUCCACGAAGAAUGACACUACGUACUACAGAGAGACAGGAAAUUGGCGGCGGUAAUACGGGGAUGAACGAUCAGAUACUCGAAGGAUAGCUCGAGAGAUGUAAGCUAGAAGAUAGCUGGUGGACCCGAACUCGAAUGCGAGUUUGGAUCGCUGCAAGCUGGAGAGAGCUCUGAACACAGAGGAAGCCAAAAUUACAGAUGCAAAUUUAUCAG